ACACACACCCUGUCGUGAACCAGGGUAAGAGCACAGAUUUAGAGUCUGGCUGCAGGCUGUUGUGUGUGUUGGUUUGUGUGUGUGUGUGUGUGUGUGUGUGUGUGUGUGUGUAUAGUGUGUGUGUGUGUGUGUGUAUAGUGUGAGGAAUGGCGAGCUCUGAGGAGGAGCUGGAUGAAGAGCAGAUGAUUGAGUUUGUGAUCAGAGCGAGUCUUCAGGAGUCCUGUAGUUUCCCCCUGCAGAGAACCUGGAGCCUGGAAACAGCGAGUGAAGAAAACCUGAAGAUUUUAGCUGCUAUAGAGAAAGGUGAUGUUUCUGCAAUACGGACGCUGCACUGCCAUAAGAGCGCUUUUACGGAGAGGGACAGCAGGGGGUGGCUGCCCAUGCACAGAGCUUCAGUUCAGCCGGAUGCUCAGCUACUGGAUGCUGUUCUUCUGGCAUCUCACGAGCUGAGUAUGGAAGAGGCUACAUCAGACGGUGAGACGUCUUUAACUCUGGCUGCUCAGGCUGGACACGUGAAGAACGUGAAGAUGCUGCUGAGACACGGUUCUUCACCACACAACACCAACAGCAAGAACGAAUCUCCGCUAUUACUGGCGGUCAGGCUGGGCUCCUAUGACAUGGUGCUGGAGCUGAUUUUGGGUGGGGCGUUUGUGGAGCAGGUGUGUCUGAAGAAGUGGACAGCACUGCAUGAAGCUGCUCAGGUGGGCUGCACCGACGUCCUGAUGCUGCUCCUGCGGCACGGCGGGAAGGUCUCGGCCCGGGACGGACACGGAGUCACGCCGCUGGGAGUCGCAGCGGAGUUCGGCCGUCCGGAUAUCCUGGAAAUUCUCAUAGAACAUGGAGGAGAUGUUUCUGCUCAGGCCACUAAUGGAGACACAGUGUUAUAUGAUGCAUCCGGUUCUGGAAACCUGGACUGUAUCCUCCUGCUGCUGAACCACGGCGCGAGUCCUAAUGUAGCCAGUCUGGCCUUUCAGCUCCCCGUCCACCGCGCUGCGUAUGAAGGGCAUUAUCUAGCACUGAAGACACUGAUGCCGAUAACCACUAAGAGAGCGAUUCGUCUGUCGGGGAUGAGUCCGGUUCACUCUGCCGCAGACGGAGGACAAGCCGCCUGUCUGGAGCUUCUGAUCGAGAAAGGCUACGACGUGAACGCUCUGCUGGGGGGACACAUUUCAGACAACUACGGGGACAUGAGGAAGUCCCCGCUGUACUUCGCCGUGUCCAACGGAGACGUGACCUGCGCCGAGAUGCUGCUGAGCGCCGGAGCCGAACCGGACCUGGACCCUCUGCGCUGCCUCCUGGUGGCCGUCAGGGCCGGGCGCUACGAGCUGGUGCGGCUGCUCCUGGCUCACGGUGCCGACGUUAACUGCUUCUUCACGGCGAUCAGCGACACGGUGUUCCCCACGGCGCUGCAGUACUGCCUGCAGGACCACAUGAUGCUGCGUCUGCUCCUCAACAACGGCUACAGCGCAGAGAGCUGCUUCAGGUGCAGACACGACCACGAUGUCCUGGAGAACUGCGUCUGGGAGCGAGGAUACAUGGUGGAGAACACGCGCAACGCUUACACCAACAAAGUGACGUUUUGUGAAUUCGUCAGCGUGUCGUGGCUGAAGCACCUGGUGGGCCGGGUGGUGCGCACUCUUCUGGACUACGUCAGGCAUGUAAACAUCUGCUCUAAACUACAGAACAUCCUGGAGAAGCAGAAAGAGUGGCCUGAGAUCUGUGAGAUCCUCAAUAGCCCACGUUCCCUACAGCACCUGUGCAGACUGCUCAUCCGGACGAAGAUGACGCCGACAAGAUUAAACAGCCCUGAGAUUAUGAGCUCCGUUCCGUUCCCUCCUGCACUGAAGAACUAUCUGAUAUAUAAGGAGUAUGAUCUCUAUGGUAGAAUGGAUGAGUGGUAGACACUAAAAUGUGUGUGUUUGUUUAGUGUAUUGUGUGGUUGUAAAUUUGUACUUUGUAAUUUGUACUAGAGUAUUAUUUUGCAUUAUUAAACUGAAUUGUUAGUAG